AUGCCAACCUACGCCCUCCUAGGAGCAACAGGAGCCACCGGCUCGAGUGUCCUCCGCUGUCUCCUCCAGACGGCGAGCGAAAAUAAAAAUGACUCCUUCAGCAUCAACAUCCUGGUCCGCUCUCGCCCAAAGCUGCUGGCAAUGUUUUCGGGCCUGGACCAGCGUCGAUCGCCGACAAUCCGCAUCUUCCAGGGCGAAUCCACCAAUCCAGAGCGCCUCGACGCUGUUCUCCACAAUGCUAGUGUCCUGUUUAUGUGCGUGGGCCAGAAUGGAAGUCCAAUGGGGACCAGCCUGGUGCAGGACAGCGCAACCGCCGUCGUUGACGCCCUCCGACGCCGACGCCGACAGCAACCGCUGUCCUCAUGCACGGUCAUCCAGCUUCGCUCUGCGUCGCUGAACCCCGCGCUCGCCGCGCAGGUGCCAAGAUUCGUGCACCGACUUGUCUCGUUUUGUCUGUUUGCGGGUUAUAGCGAUCUCAGACGCGCAUGCGAGGUUCUGCACGAGGCGUCGCUGGCUGGGUUGCUGCAGUACGUGCUUGUCGACCCCCCAACAUUGCACGAUGCCGAUGGCAGCAAGCCCACCGGUCAUAGAUUGAUUAUUGGCGAGUCACAGGUGACCGCUCUGAGCUAUGCCGACCUUGGGGUUGCGCUUUGUGAGAUUGCCGACCGCGCGUAUGAGUUUCAGGGCCAGGCCGUGGGAGUCACUGCGACCGGGCCAGUUAAGCAGACUUGGGGCGUACUACUGGGCUAUUUGGCACAAGGAGGGAUGGCCCAUAUGCAGUACAGAUACGGGAAGGAGAACCUGAUUGUGGUGGGAAUAUGCCUUGGUUUGAUCUUGGGGGUGCUUGGAUGUGUAACUAUUCCCUAG